AUGUCGACUGGACGCAAAGUCUUUCACUGCGCCGUGGAUGAGACGGCUUUGACCACCAACAUCAGCGAAAUCAAGAAAUGGACCACCAACGGGGCUAUCGACCUCAUUGUCCCUCUUUACACCCUCGAACGCCUUCAUGCCUUGAAACGGGCGGGAUCGCAAAUCGCCAUCAAUGCCCGCGAGGCCGUUCGCUUCCUCGACCGAGUCACCUCCGGUAAAGAUCAGAUCACCGCCGACCGCGUUACUCUCCAAGGGCCGAUGGAACAGUACGAACACUGGGAAGAUGCCGAACAGUUCUUUCUCCCCGAAUUCGAGGAAGAGCCCGACAUGAUGAACGAAGCGGACCCUUCCCUCUCUACGCCCGGAUUUCAGGAAAUCAAUGGCGUGAACGGCCCGGCGGAUCUUUCGCAGAUGUUGCUGAGUAAAUUGAACUUCAAGCGGGAGGCCGAGGCCGCAUCAAUCGAGUCCGCCGGUUCGCCCAGCGGACCGGGCUCGCGCACAUCCUCCCGGAGUUCGCGCACCAGCCCAGAGUGCGCUCAGCACGAGAAUGGUACUUCCAAGUUGGACAAACCCAAGUCGGGGCAUCAGCGCACAGCAUCUGGGUCGAUCAUCCCGGUCGCUCCGCCCACUUUGCGACCGUUGUUGAGCGCCCUCUUGUGGCGACUGCACGGCGGGCCGGAUGCUAAAAAUUCGGCCAAGGGCUGCAUCCUGGUCACUAACGACCGCGCGACGCAGGUGUGGGCUCAGAAAUUCGGGAUCGGAGUCAAGAAUAUUGUCCAGCUACGCACGGCCAUCCAGUACGAGGAGCGCGAAUUUAAGAAUCGCUGCAAAUACGUUGAAAAGACUCAGACCCAACCGACCGUCGACCAGCCGAAGACCCUCCUUUCCUACGAGGAGGAUAGCGACGAAGAUGAACUAGUCUUUGUGCCCCGUGGAGGUGGAGGUCGUGGGAAAGGUAGCAACAAUCCUCCUCGUGGAGCCAAGGCUGGUUCUUCUGCUCGCAAGGGCCCAAAGAACAAAAUCAAGACUGCGCCCGCGCCCGCGCCUACAUCCACACCCGCACCCGCUGCGCCCAUCACCACCGAGACUGCUCCGAUCGAAGUCCCCACACAACCCAUCGAUCCGAACUCCUUUAGCCGAUCGCUCGGUCCCAACAAGACCCCCACGGUCGAUCUGAGCACACAGCAAGGAGCGGCCCGAAAUAUCUCGGGUGCCUCACGUCGACCCCCCAGUGGUGGGCGUCGUGGAGGUUCUGGUCGGGGCGCUGCACGCGGCAAUGGACGAGGUCGGGGUAAGUUGUGGGUUCCUUGA